AUGCUGAGUGGAUUCAGUUGUAAUCCUGGCAAAGAGCAUUGUGAUGCUCUAACGAGGCUCAUGAGAUACCUUAAGGGUACUCUAAGGUAUGCCUCACACUAUACUGGACAUCCUCCAAUUUUAGAAGGAUAUUCUGAUACCUCGUGGUGCUCAGAUUUAGGAGACAGUAAAUCUACCAGUGGAUAUGUAUUUACACUGGAUGGAGCAGCUGUUGGAUGGAAAUCCAAAAGACAGACUUGUAUUGCUCUGUCAUCUAUAGAAUCAGAACUUAUUGCUCUAGCUUCUGCAGAAGAUGAAGCAGAGUGGAUCAAAGAUCUGAUUAUGGAUAUUCCAUUGAGAAGUUUGAAGUUAAACUCUCUAUCUAUUUUCUGUGAUAAUCAAGCUACAAAAACAAUAGUUAAUAACUCAUUCUUUAAUUGA